AUGAGCGCGGUCAUUGUCAAUGUGCGGGCCUUCUCGGGGCAUUUGUCGAUAAAGACCGGCAAAGCCAUGCAAACACCUCACCAAGAAGUCUUUCAUGACGUCGUUGAUAAAACCCGCGUCUAUCGCUUACACUUGGCAAGCUAUGUGCCUGAAUAA